AUGUCAUCAGUUAAAGUGUCAGGCGACGCACCGUCGACGAUGACCCCACCCCUCCGUAUGAGAGGUGAGAAGUCUAAAACCCUCCCACGAGGUCUGCUGUUCAUAUGUUGUUACCUCACUGGCAAGAUAUUCCAUGUGGCCUUCUCCUUUAUACCGACACUACUUACUCGACUGGUCCCUCGUGCCGACUCCUUCCUCGCUAUUGGUAUGCUAUACGUCUUCAUUCAGGCUAUGGGCAUGCUCGGUGGGUUGGUCGUCCUCGCCUUAUCUGGUAUUGUAACCCAGUUUAUAGUUUGGUUCAAUUACGUAUUCACUGGCAACACGGUUACUUGGUAUAACCUCUUUGCAUCGACUACAACAUGCUACGUCUUCUAUGCGACAAUCCGAUGCUCCUGGUUCCUCGGUCUGAGUCUUUGGGAGAUAGGUUGGCAGUCCUAUGCUGAGUACCCCACUCUGAGAGACCUCCUUGCUCCACCAGCUUCGCUUGAGUACUCACCAGAAGACAGCAAAAAACUUGUUGGGUCUGACUUGGCUCAAGCAUCGCCACCGCUUUCGCCACGGAGAUCUUUGUCGGUGCCCGGUAGGACGGUGCCUCGCCGCAUCGAUCGACAAGCUAAGAUGGUGCUCUUCGGGCCUAUCAUGGUGCUAGUUGUUGCUACAGCAAUUGUAACUAUCAUCCCACUCCUGUGUGAUCUGGGUAUUUGGUGUCUUCGUGUUGAUUGGUUGCAAGGCUUGGCUGAUGCCUCUAGUCGGCUCAACCGAAUGUGUCGAUUCUCUUUGCUUGUCGGCCUCUUCCAAUGGACGCAACAAUUCCAGUUUAUAUUCCCCCGUUGGUACCGGGCCGCUGGUGUUGGUGCAGCUAAGAGUUGGAGAUCCACGUUGAUCAUGUGGGCUGGCUACUGCAUCCUUGGUCCAGUGUCGGUCAUACGAUUGCUGCAAUGGUCACUCUACCCCCUCUUCGGCCUCGACGCUGCUGGAAGGACUUCUGUUUAUAACUUCAUUGUACCCCAACUGGUCAAUGAAGGCGUAUCGGCUUCGACCAUGGACGGCAUCCUGAUACUACUGUGGAUGCUACAGCUACUUUACGCCUCUCAUAUAGUCGUUAAAGAGAUCAAUCUUUCAGACUGGCAAAAAGAUGCUUUCUAUGAUGACUCUAUGUGGCUCGAGAACACUAUACAGUUCAAGUGUAUGUUUCUCGUGCCCAUGUUGCUGCUCUUCUUCCGUGGCUUUGCCAGUCCCGAUAUGGGAUUUACCUAUGCUCAGAACGAUCUCAUAGUCCUUACAUUAAUUUACCCUGCACUCCUGGUCCUACACCGUUUUCCCGACAGUCAAAUCUGGUCACCCGGUACCACUGCUAUGGUAUUAGAUGCAGAGCAAGAGAUCCUCUCGGCUAUGGGUAUACCUCGAGCGGAUUAUAAGCUUACUAGAGUUAUCGAUUACGUGAAAUCAUCUGCAGAGCGGCUAUCAUCUAGAGACGUCGUGUUCACUGGCCAUUCUCUUGGGGGUGGUAUCGCCCUGGCCGCCGCGGCCUUGGUGAACAAGCCAGUCGUCGCGUUUUCUCCACCAGGAAUGUAUCAAUCCAUCAGCAAGCACCUAUAUCGGUAUGCACCCGAUAGGAGGCAGGACUUCCAGGCCACUCAUGACAAAUCAGUGAGUAUUAUAAGCGAGAACGAUCUCGUGUCGCAUAUUUUUGACACCCAUGGCGGAUUAGUCCAAACUACCACGUGCUCGACUGAAAGAUUUGCAAUGAUCGGUUGUCACAUGCUGGAGAAUCAGAUGUGCAAUAUUAUCCGACACUGCUCAGGGUGUCAGGCUCGGCAUGGCUUCAAAUCCUGUACCUUCGAAUACGAUUCGAAGAUCGUUCGAGCUGGAGUUGCCGAGGUUUUGGAUGCAGAGCAAGAGAUCCUCUCGGCUAUGGGUAUACCUCGAGCGGAUUAUAAGCUCACUAGAGUUAUCGAUUACGUGAAAUCAUCUGCAGAGCGGCUAUCAUCUAGAGACGUCGUGUUUACUGGUCAUUCUCUUGGGGGUGGUAUCGCCCUCGCCGCCGCGGCCUUGGUGAACAAGCCAGUCGUUGCGUUCUCUCCACCAGGAAUGUAUCAAUCCAUCAGCAAACACCUAUAUCGGUAUGCACCCGAUAGGAGACAAGCCUUUCAGGCCACACACAACCAGUCGGUGACUAUUAUAGGAGAGAACGAUGUCGUUUCCCAUAUUUUCGACACCCAUGCAGGGUUGGUUCAGACCAUCACUUGCAGUACCGAGCACCUUGCCAUGGUCGGCUGCCACAUGCUAGAGAACACUCUGUGCAACCUCAUACGCCACUGCAAAGGCUGCCACACUCGACAUGGUUUCGACUCUUGUCACUUCAAAUACGACUCUAAAAUCAUCAUGGCCAAUGUGGCUCGCAUGUUGGACGUUCCCUACGUCUCCUCAACUGCUCUGGAUGCUAUGGGCAUGCUCGGUGGGUUGGUCGUCCUCGCCUUAUCUGGUAUUGUAACCCAGUUUAUAGUUUGGUUCAAUUAUGUAUUCACUGGCAACACGGUUACUUGGUAUAACCUCUUUGCAUCGACUACGACAUGCUACGUCUUCUAUGCGACAAUCCGAUGCUCCUGGUUCCUCGGUCUGAGUCUUUGGGAUAUCGGUUGGCAGUCCUAUGCGGAAUACCCCGACUUGAGGGACCUUCUGGCUCCACCUGUGAUGUCGAUUGAGUCUUCGCCGGGCUCCGCUGGGAGGAAUCCUGUGUUCACUGGCUUGCCUAGACAACCAUCCUCACCUCGAAGAGCGACCAUGCCUGGUAAGGAAGAAGUCCGUAGGAACAAGCAAGCCAAGAUGCUACUAUACGGCACCAUUGUGGUACUAGUUGUUACUACAGCAAUUGUGACUAUCAUCCCACUCCUGUGUGAUCUGGGUAUUUGGUGUCUUCGUGUUGAUUGGUUACAAGGCUUGGCUGAUGCCUCUAGUCGGCUCAACCGAAUGUGUCGAUUCUCUUUGCUUGUCGGCCUCUUUCAAUGGACGCAACAAUUCCAGUUUAUAUUCCCCCGUUGGUACCGGGCCGCUGGUGUUGGUGCAGCUAAGAGUUGGAGAUCCACGUUGAUCAUGUGGGCUGGCUACUGUAUCCUUGGUCCAGUGUCGGUCAUACGAUUGCUGCAAUGGUCACUCUACCCCCUCUUCGGCCUCGAUGCUGCUGGAAGGACUUCUGUUUAUAACUUUAUUGUACCCCAACUGGUCAAUGAAGGCGUAUCGGCUUCGACCAUGGACGGCAUCCUGAUACUACUAUGGAUGCUACAGCAACUAUACGUCUCUCAUAUAGUCGUUAAAGAGAUCAACCUUUCAGACUGGCAAAAAGAUGCUUUCUAUGAUGACUCUAUGUGGCUCGAGAACACUAUACAAUUCAAGUGUAUGUUUCUCGUGCCCAUGUUGCUGCUCUUCUUCCGUGGCUUUGCCAGCCCCGAUAUGGGAUUUACCUAUGCUCAGAACGAUCUCAUAGUCCUUACAUUAAUCUACCCUGCACUCCUGGUCCUAGUAUGGUGGUGUACUUACGCUUAUAUCUCACUGAGAUACGUAGAGUUCUACAGGUUUGCGUCGGCUGCCUUCCUGUCAUAUCUGCUAUCAGGAAUAAUUUGCGAGAUAGCACAAGUGUCGGCCGGCGGGGCUCGACUCGUUGUUUGGGCCCACCUUAUACGCCAGCUUAUCAAACGAGCGUCUAUACCGUUGAUAACGGCUCCGCGCACUGGUGGGAAGUCGAAGAGAAAGAUCCAUGGAGUGGAACGUGCCUGGAGUGUUCUCGUCCUGAGAGUCUUUCUCGGUCUACUGUGCCUAUUCUUGGCAGUCCGUCUUGGACUAGGAGUGCUUGCAUGUGUUCAAGACGAUAAAGGGCUAUACCCUCAUAUGCCGUUCAUCUCUGUUCAUCAGUCACUGGAUCAUACCCAAGUCACUGUUGACCAUGCUGUGAUGAGUUCUAACUUUGCCCGUGACGAUUCGCUCAGCGAAGGGCAUGAACAGCAUCUGGCUCGCUACGCUAUCUGUGAUCAAUAUUUCCAUGGGCUGCAUGUCACAGACUACGGCAUGAUGGCACUCGCGGCCUACUUCACUACUGUGGGAGAUCAACAAGCUGCGAUUGAUGCGUUUUUCCCUGGUCAAGGAAUGAAGGUCAUCCCAAUCGACGAAGGCGAUGACAGGUUCUGGGUAGAAAUUCAAAUUGACGACAAGCAGACUGUGAUAGCUAUCAAAGGGACCGACGUUCUCCGAGCCAGUGACUAUAAUGAGGAUAUACGCAUGUGGACAGAGCCAGUGGUGACGUCUCUACUCAGCACCGUUUUCCCGACAGUCAAAAUCUGGUCACCCGGUACCACUGCUAUGGUAUUAGAUGCAGAGCAAGAGAUCCUCUCGGCUAUGGGUAUACCUCGAGCGGAUUAUAAGCUUACUAGAGUUAUCGAUUACGUGAAAUCAUCUGCAGAGCGGCUAUCAUCUAGAGACGUCGUGUUCACUGGCCAUUCUCUUGGGGGUGGUAUCGCCCUGGCCGCCGCGGCCUUGGUGAACAAGCCAGUCGUCGCGUUUUCUCCACCAGGAAUGUAUCAAUCCAUCAGCAAGCACCUAUAUCGGUAUGCACCCGAUAGGAGGCAGGACUUCCAGGCCACUCAUGACAAAUCAGUGAGUAUUAUAAGCGAGAACGAUCUCGUGUCGCAUAUUUUUGACACCCAUGGCGGAUUAGUCCAAACUACCACGUGCUCGACUGAAAGAUUUGCAAUGAUCGGUUGUCACAUGCUGGAGAAUCAGAUGUGCAAUAUUAUCCGACACUGCUCAGGGUGUCAGGCUCGGCAUGGCUUCAAAUCCUGUACCUUCGAAUACGAUUCGAAGAUCGUUCGAGCUGGAGUUGCCGAGGUUUUGGGUGUGCCAUACCUAGAUACGAACCCGAGAGAUGUUCUACAGUUGAUUGUUUCUCUCCGUUCCUAUGUUGUUCCGUUACUAUUGACUGCCCUUGCGGCAUUAUUGCUCGUCAUGUUUGAGUGGCUUCCUUUACUUUGAGUGACAACUUUCGAAA